AUGCGGUUCGACACGGUCGCCCUGGUGGCAUCCUUAUCCCUUGCGGGACCCGCGCACGCGAUCAACAUCAUUUCGUCUAAUGACGAUGGCUGGGCAGAGGUUAACAUUCGUGCUCUCUUCGAGUCUCUUACCUCUGCUGGUCACGUAACCGUGGUCUCGGCGCCUGCCCAGGACGAGAGCGGAACAGGCUCUGACCAGGGAACUCCAACCGUGCUAACGGAGGCUUGUGAAUUCGACAGCUGUCCGUCAGGCAGCCCCGCCAUUGGAUAUAACGCGUCACAGCCUCUCCUGAACUAUGUGAAUUCGUACCCCGCAACUUCCAUCAAGUACGGCAUUGAAUCCAUCGGGCCUGAGCAUUUUGAUGGUGCCGCCCCUGAUCUAGCAGUCACUGGACCCAAUGUUGGUUACAACAUCGGCAUCGAGGCUUUCUUAUCUGGAACCGUUGGCGCCGCCACCUACGCUGCUUACAAUGCCGGCAUUCCGGCGAUUGCUUUCUCAGGUUCAACUGGCUCUCAAACCGCGUGGAAUGCCUCCUCCACCUUCCCGACCUAUAGCCAGAUCUAUGCGGAUUUGGCAGUGAACGUCACUGACACUCUGGUCGCCUCGGGCACCCCCUACCUGCCUGACAACAUCUGGCUCAAUGUGAACUUCCCGUCCGUCACUGACUGUGCCAGCACGGAUGACUUCAAAUUUGUUUUGUCACGUAUCCAUGUUGCCGUUCCCCUGAUCACUGCCGAUGACGUGACCACCUGUGGUAGCUCUCGCUUGCCCACUGAGUACGCGGUGGCCCUGACAUCUGGGUGUUAUGCAAGCAUCUCUGUCGGUUUGGCAAGUGAUAAGUUGGAUGCGAACGCCACUAUGCAGGAGGUUGUGUUGAAUAAGCUUAGCGGUAUUCUGUCCUGCCUGGAUUAA